AUGUCAGACUCUGGUUUAUUUGCAUGCAAACCGAGUGCCAUUCUUGUUGAACAAAACACUGAGCUUACAACCUGGCAAUAUGAUCAUGCAACAUCAUCUUCAGAAGAUGAUCCUCCAUUGGAAGAUCCAUCUCACUAUCAGAGGCUUGUGGGAAGACUAAUUUAUCUCACCAUGACACGUCCUGAUAUAAGCUAUGCUGUUCACAUUUUGAGUCGGUUUAUCCAUAGCCCAAAACAGUCUCAUAUGGAUGUAGCAAUUAAAGUGCUAAAAUACUUGAAAGGAUGCUCUGGCCUAGGACUUCUUUUACCAAGAGAUGAAAAUCUAGAUGUCACAGCAUAUUGCGAUUCAGAUUAG